ACACUAAGGGAGAGAGAGAGACAGACCGAGAGAGAGGAGUGUCAGAAUAGCGCCUAGAGAGACACACGGAGACAGAAAGAGAAAGAAAACUGGAACAAGCCUUAGGAAUUGACAUGGGCUUUCCAAACUGGAGGCGAGCCGAGCCCGUGGAAGGAAGAGCAGCCGUGAAAUUGGGGGAAACAGAACAGCCCGAGCAGACCGAACUCUGGUGAUUGAGACCCUGCUACUGUAUUCUCUUCAACAUCCCAUCCUCAUCGUGAUCUAGACUUGAGAGAUCUAUUCCUCCAUCCUGCAUUUGACCUUGGGAGGGCCUGCCUUCCUCACCCAGGAAGAUGCCGAUUCUCAAGCAGCUAGUGUCCAGCUCGGCCCACUCGAAGCGCCGUUCGCGAGUGGACCUCACAGCAGAGAUGAUCAGUGCUCCCCUGGGUGACUUCCGCCACACCAUGCAUGUGGGGCGCGCCGGGGAUGCCUUUGGGGAUACCUCCUUCCUCAACAGUAAGGCUGGGGAGCCAGACCCUGAGUCCCUCGAAGAGCAAGCGAGUGCUACCACCUCAUCUAAACCCAGCCUCCUGUCUCGAAAGUUUCGGGGGAGCAAGAGGUCUCAGUCGGUGACACGGGGAGACCGACGGGACAUGCUGGGCUCUCUGCGGGAUUCUGCUCUCUUUGUGAAGAAUGCCGUGUCCCUGCCACAGCUCAACGAGAAAGAGGCAGCGGAGAAGGGGUCUGGCAAGCUGCCCAAGAGCCUUUCGUCCAGUCCUGUGAAGAAGGCGGCCUCUGGAGGAGCAGAGGAGGAAGAGGUGGAGGAGGAAGGAGCGGCUGGGGAGAAGACACCCCGCCUGAAUGGAUCUGGGGGUGCCCACUCACCUGACCCCAUCCUUGAUGAGCGGGCCUUUGGGGACAUCACAGACCUGCCUCACGUACCCAAGGCUGGCUAUGGGUUGAAGCAUGCAGAAUCUAUUAUGUCCUUCCAUAUUGACCUGGGGCCCUCCAUGCUGGGGGAUGUCCUUAGCAUCAUGGACAAAGACGAGUGGGACCCAGAGGAAGAGGAUGGUUGCCAUGGUGAUGAGGGCCCAAGCCACAGCAGCCAGCCCCCCCCCUCUGUCACUGUUCCUCUCCUACAGCAGGAAGGGAAGCCUGGUCCAGACUCACCGCUGCCACCUCCCUGCACCUUGGAGGACGAGAGUUGGGCAGCGGCAGCGCCCAGCCCGGCCUCUGCCCGAAGUGUGGGCAGUCAUACCACAAGAGACAGUAGUUCCAUCUCCAGCUGUGCCUCUGGAAUCCUAGAGGACCGAAGCCCUGCACUCCACGGGCUUGAGAAGGCUAGGGUCCCACCUGCCCGACAGCCUAACAAAGAGUUCUCCUUUAUGGACGAGGAAGAGGACGAGAUCCGUGUGUGAAGGGGGCGGGUGGGGAUGGUGUCCAGCAGCUCUGCACAACUGACUUAUUUUUGUCCCCACUCCCUGUGACUUUCCACCUUUCUAUGGGGCUCCCAGAGUCCAGAUAGAAAAUACCCAUUGAAGGGUCCUUGGCAGGAAGUCUUAGUUACAGGAGACACCUCUGUAAUUCAUCUUUGCCUGUGAAUAGAAUGUUUGGUCCUCUUUGUGACUCCUUUUUCCUAGAUGUGGGGUUUGGUGAAACCUGUGAGUCAAGCAACUCUGGGUUGGAGGGGGUGGGGAUGGAUUAUUUACUUGACAUCUAUGGACGGCUUGCUCUUCCCCAAGACAUCCAGGGGUCAGGAGUUGUUUUCUUGGCCAAUAGACACUUCAACAAUGAAGCAGGAAUCCAUUUUCCUCCUUUCUCUCUAGUCCCCUUCCCUCUUCCCAAAUGAAUACCAGAUGUUAAUCUGAUUGCCUCUCCAUGUUAAGCAAUACCAGGGCAGCAGAGCCAGACCUCCAUUUGAUCUGUUUCUCUAGCACAUAGUGUGUCUCUUUCUUUUUUCCCUUCCUGUUCCAUGAGUGUCUCCCUCUCUCCUACUCUGUGUGGCUUCCUCUCCCCCACCCUUUAUGUCUUUCUAAACUUCUCCCACCCCACGUUUUUCCAUCCCCCUAGAUUUUGACUUAUGACUUUGUUCUCUGGCAACUAGCCAUUGAUGGAAAGAGGUUUGAGUGUGAAAGGAAGGAGUUGGCAUUACACAUGGUGCAGGUGGGAGGAUGCUCUGAGAAGCACCCCCACGCCCCCAUCUACCUAUUCUUUGCCCAUGUUUCUUUUUUCUUUUUUUUUGCAGGGCAAUGGGGGUUAAAUGACUUGCCCAGGGUCACACAGCUAGUAAGUGUCAAGUGUCUGAAGCCAGAUUUGAACUCAAGUACUCCUGAAUCCAGGGCUGGUGCUUUAUCCAUUGUGCCACCUAGGUGCCCCCCCAACCCCACCAUGUUUCUUUUUUAAUGGGCGUUUGGGAUAGGGGAAAGUGUUGGGAAGAAAGCUAUAAAGUUCUUGGAGCCUGAUUGGGAAAUGCUCCCCCUUCCAUUCCCCCUCCUUUGGGAACUCUUGCUGCCCCCUUCUAAGAACAGAAGCUGGGAGGAGCUUGGGGCUCCCCCAAACAAGACUGGGGCUCCCUUUGUCUUGGAGGGUAAAGGGGCUUGGCUGUGGGGGGAAGGGAAGCGGCAGGUUUGGGAGCUGUAGUCAGUCCCUCCUCCUGCUGCUCCCCUCCCCCUCAACAAUGCUCCAUUCCUGCCUCCCAGAACCCCAGGCAGGAAGUCUGGGGCCCCUUGGAGUUAAACAGCACCAGGUGGCUGGGUUGGGGUAGUACAUGUGGAAAAUCUCCGCUCUCCCACAGCAGCCUCUAGGGCCCCUAGGUUGUGAGUCUGAAAUGUAGUCUAGCUAAGUGGGAGCAGUGAUAAUAAUAAAACCUGGGUCUGGGGUUCUCCCCAGUCCCUAAACACAGGGACCAGCUAUUGGCUCAGCCUACCUUUUUUUUCCUUUCAAAUAACGUGGGUGUAGUUUUUCUUUUUAAUUUUAAUCUACUUCCUUUGGGGGAAAAAAAGGCCUUUAAUGGGGAGUAGGGUCCCUCCUAGAUUUGCCUGUUCUCCUCUUCAUUGACCUGCCCUAUUCCCCUUCCUUCCUUAGGAGUUUCAUUGAAAUCCCAGCCCCCACUGUGGGCCACCCAUCUCUUGGGCUGGUAGUGGGAAGCUUCCCAUAGGUGGGCAGGUUGGACUCUCUCACUAGAGAGCUGUAAAGUGAGUCCUACUGUAUUAGUUUGUCAGCCUUGCUCUGAGAUUGAGGUUUCAGCACAGACUGACCUCAGAGGUCAUUUAGUCUAAUCAUCCCUUAACAGGAACCUCCUCCACAAUAGAACAUCCCUGACAAGGGUUCCUCUAGCUCUAAUUUAAAGACAACUUAUUACCUCCCAGGGCAACUCAUUUCAUGUUGGCUUAGCUCCUUUAGGAAAUGUUUCCUUAUGUUGAUCUACCACUUAUAUCCACUGGUCCUAGUUCUGCCUUUAAGGCCCCAAGAACAAAUCUCCAGUUCUUCCUGCAGAUACUUUAAGGCAGCUAACAGAUUCCCAACCCCAAAUCUCAUCUCCAGCAUAAACACCCCCACUUUCUUUAACUAGUCCUCCAAGAGGCUUGGCCUCUAGCUCUCCACUCACUCUUUUCUUUUCUCUGAAAACUACCCUGUUUGCCCUUCAUCUCUCUCCUUGACAUAGAGGCUUUGGGCAGGGUGAAAAACCCAAAGAAUCAAAUAAAACUAUAGCCUAGGUCUGGAACUGAGGGUUAGAGGGGAGGUGAAAGGGAAGGGAUAGAACAAGACUAAGACAACUAGUGACGAAGGUGACGGCAACUAUAGAAAACACUAACUUAGUUCUUUAAAAGCACAGACUUGGAUGAUGUCCAUGGCCAGUGACAGUUCAGAAUCGGAAGGGGAUAAUAAGCCUAUUGGGACAGGGUGAGGGGAAUGGGGAUGGACCCCACCCCUGUGUGGGCAGCACAUGAAAUGUUUACUGGUGAUGAUGUAGCACACACUAAAAUGCAUAUUCUUUUUUUAAUGAGGCCUAUGGAAGACAGAGAGGAAACAUUAAAAAAUCCUUAGCGAUGCUUGGCGUUUUCAA